AUGGCCUCCAGGUGGCAAGGGCGGAAGCUCUUCACCCAGCUCUCUGCCCAGUCGAGGAUCGCCACGAAGCAACAGCAACAGCACUUGAACCGAUAUCCCUUGCGACUUGGUGCUCGAUUCAAAUCGUCCGAACCCCAAUUGACCGCUCAGAUAUCUUCGUACACACCUAACUACUUGCUCAUCUCUGCCGUCGGCCUGUCCCUUGCUGGUACUCUUGGCUACAAAAUGGCUGUUCAGGAACCCGACCAACUCGACGGCCCUACCCUUGCCGAGCGCGAUGCCCUGACCAAGAAGGAGGCGGGCGUCACCAGCGACGCCCCGAUGCGCCUGCGAAUGGAGAAGUUCAUCAAAGAGCAGCAGGACGAGAUUGUGUGGGAGCUGCAGAAGCUCGACGGCGCCAAGUUCCGAAGGGACGAGUGGAAGCGCGCCGAGGGUGGCGGCGGCAUCACCUGCGUUCUCCAGGACGGAAACGUCUUCGAGAAGGGUGGUGUCGGCGUCAGUGUUGUCUACGGUACCCUCCCCAAGGCCGCUGUCGCCAAGAUGCGCGCCAACCACAAGAACAUGCACCUCGACGAGAACAUUGACGCGCUCCCCUUCUUCGCGACUGGUCUCAGCAUGGUGCUGCACCCCAAGAACCCCAUGGCGCCGACGGUCCACCUGAACUACCGAUACUUUGAGACGUCGCACCCCGACGGUACGGCUCAUGCAUGGUGGUUCGGUGGCGGCAGCGACCUGACGCCGGCGUACCUGUUCGACGAGGACGCCGUGCACUUCCACAAGACGCUCAAGGAGGCGUGUGACAACCACGACAAGGACUACUACCCUCGCUUCAAGAAAUGGUGUGACGAAUACUUCUACAACAAGCACAGGGGCGAGUGCCGCGGUGUGGGCGGCAUCUUCUUCGACGACCUCGACGAGACGGAGAAGGACAGAGAGAACACGUUUGCUUUUGCACAGGACUGCCUCAAGUCCUUCCUGCCCGCGUACAUGCCCAUCAUUGAGAAGAGAAAGGACAUGCCCUUCACUGAGCAGGAGAAGGAGUGGCAGCAGAUUCGCAGGGGCAAGUACGUCGAGUUCAACCUGGUCCACGAUCGCGGCACGGCGUUUGGCCUCAACACCCCAGGGUCCAGGGUGGAGAGCAUCCUCAUGAGUCUGCCACUUACGGCGUCGUGGCACUACAUGCACGAGCCUGAGCCUAAGAGUCGUGAGCAGAGGCUGGUGGAUGUGCUGAGGAACCCUAAGGAGUGGGUGUAAAGGCGCGGCGCACUGGAUUUCACUUGCGAUUGUAACACCAAAAAAAGCAUUUCAAGGCUGUAAUGACAUUGGCACGAUAUAAACUUUGCUAGAAGAUUUUGUAUGUUCAAUUUGAAACUCAAUUCUGGG